UGCUGCUGCUGCUCCGGGCUGUCUGCUCUGCUCUGGAGACUCAAACACUCUGCUGCAGUUUUCUUUUUUCAGAGAGGAUGGCAGAGUCCAGGAGGAGAUGAACAGAGGAGAGCAGCAGCAGAAGGAGAAGAAGAAGGAGAAGAAGAGGUCCGUGCUGUGCCGUGGUGGAACUUCUUUUGUCCUGAGCUCUCUUCUCCUCCUCCACGCACACUUGGACCGGAGCUGACAAUGAAGAUGAGCGUGGAAUGCAGAUGGAUCGGUCAAGACAAGUUUCCAAUAUAGAGCUUCCUGUUUGGAGUUACACCUGAGAGCGACUGUGUCUGAUGGAUUACGGUGUUUUCUUUCUACGAGCUGCUGACAUGAAUUCAGAGGCCAGCGAGAUGUGGAAGCGCUCGCCUUCAGGAGAAAUCUGAGACCUGGAUGAGCCCCCGAGCACCACGAGAACAUUUAAGUGAAGGAGACAAACCAUGGACUUGUUGUUAUGGUGUGGCCGUACCGGACCCAUCGUGUGCUUUUAACCCGCCUGUAGCACCCCCUCUGCCCCUCACCCCAUGUCACAGCUUCCCCUGAAUUAUGGAAAUUUUGUGGAAGACGCUGACUUGGACACUGAGCCUGGUGGUGAUGGCUGCUUCUGAGUUUCAGAGCAUCAACAGACUCUCGCACAACUCUCAAGAGGAGUUCCUGUCCUACCUGCAGCACUACCAGCUGACUGUCCCGGUGCGGGUGGACGAGAACGGAGAGUUCCUGAGCUACACUGUGAAGCACCACCGGCCGGGUCGACGGAGACGCGGGGCGGUGGUGGAGCUGCCGGCGUUGAACCCUGACCCUCCGGAGUCUCAGCUCUUCUACAAACUGUCAGCCUACGGGAAGCACUUUCACUUAAACCUGACGCUCAACCCCCACCUGGUGUCGAGACACUUCACGGUGGAGUACUGGGGCAAAGAAGGGCUGGACUGGCGUCACAACACGGUAGAUAACUGCCACUACGUCGGAUUCUUGCAAAAUCAGCACGGCACGACCAGAGUGGCGUUGAGCAACUGCAAAGGCCUGCAUGGCGUCAUAACAACAGAGGAAGAACAGUAUUUGAUAGAGCCAUUAAAGAACACAUCCUCCACCACCUCCGGUGAAUGGAACCUGGAAGAAGCACAGCAACAUGUUAUUUAUAAAAUGUCUGCCAUUCCCUCACCACAAGAGCAUAGCCAGGAGUUCAGCUGUGGCAUUUCAGACCUCAUUAAAAGCAGUGCACCUUGCCAGUCCGGCACACCUCCCCCUCAAAGCGACGAGCGUUCCAAUGGCACCCGCCGCCAGCGCCGCUCCAUCAGCAGCGAGCGCUUCGUCGAGACGCUCGUGGUCGCCGAUAAGAUGAUGGUCGGUUACCACGGGCGCAAAGACAUUGAGCACUACAUCUUGUCUGUGAUGAAUAUUGUUGCCAAACUUUACCGUGAUGCCAGUCUAGGAAAUGUUGUGAACAUUAUUGUGACCCGGUUGAUUGUUCUGACCGAAGAUCAGCCUAACCUGGAGAUUAACCAUCACGCUGACAAGUCUCUGGACAGUUUCUGCAAGUGGCAGAAGUCCAUCCUGUCUCAUCACGGUGACGGCAACAGCAUUCCAGAAAACGGGAUGGCUCAUCACGACAACGCUGUCCUGAUCACCCGGUAUGACAUCUGCACCUACAAGAACAAACCCUGCGGCACCUUAGGCUUGGCCUCGGUGGCUGGAAUGUGCGAGCCGGAGAGGAGUUGCAGCAUCAAUGAAGACAUCGGCCUCGGUUCUGCUUUCACCAUCGCACACGAGAUCGGCCACAAUUUUGGGAUGAACCAUGACGGGAUCGGGAAUUCCUGCGGCACCAAAGGCCACGAGACGGCCAAACUGAUGGCCGCCCACAUAACAGCCAACACCAACCCUUUCUCCUGGUCCGCCUGCAGCAAAGACUACAUCACCAGCUUCCUCGACUCAGGUCGGGGGACGUGUCUGGACAAUGAACCUCUGAAACGAGACUUCCUGUACCCAACAGUGGCCCCGGGGCAGGUGUACGAUGCAGACGAGCAGUGUCGCUUCCAGUACGGAGCCUCGUCACGCCAAUGCAAGUAUGGGGAAGUGUGUAGAGAGCUCUGGUGCCUUAGCAAAAGCAACCGCUGUGUAACUAACAGUAUCCCUGCUGCAGAGGGGACUCUGUGCCAGACCGGCAGCAUCGAGAAAGGGUGGUGCUAUCAGGGGGAGUGCGUGGCGUUCGGUACCUGGCCUCAGAGCGCAGACGGAGGCUGGGGUCCCUGGUCGAUGUGGGGGGAGUGCAGCAGGACCUGUGGGGGCGGUGUAUCCUCCUCCAUGAGGCACUGUGACAGCCCAGCCCCGUCCGGAGGAGGCAAGUACUGUCUCGGGGAGAGGAAACGUUACAGAUCUUGUAACACCGACGCCUGUCCUGCUGGAUCUCGUGAUUUCCGAGAGAAGCAGUGCGCCGACUUUGACAGCAUGCCUUUCCGUGGGAAGUACUACAACUGGAAGCCUUACACUGGUGGUGGUGUGAAGCCCUGUGCGUUGAACUGCCUGGCAGAGGGCUAUAACUUCUACACCGAGCGCUCUCCUGCAGUCAUAGACGGCACCCGAUGUCAGGCCGACUCUCUGGACAUUUGCAUCAAUGGAGAGUGUAAGCACGUGGGCUGCGACAACAUCCUGAGCUCCGACGCUAAAGAAGAUCGAUGCCGUGUGUGCGGAGGAGACGGUAGCACCUGCGAGGCAACAGAGGGACUCUUCAACGAGUCUCUACCCAGAGGAGGCUACAUGGAGGUGGUUCAGAUCCCGAAGGGGUCGGUUCACAUCGAGAUCAAAGAACUCGCCAUGUCGAAGAAUUAUAUCGCUUUGAAAUCUGAAGGGGAUGAUUAUUACAUCAACGGAGCGUGGACCAUUGAUUGGCCCAGGAAGUUUGACAUCGCAGGGACGUCGUUCCACUACAAGAGACCCUCUGAUGAACCGGAGUCCUUAGAGGCGCUUGGAGCUACGUCUGAAAACCUGUUUGUCAUGGUCCUCCUUCAGGAGCAGAACAUGGGAAUACGCUACAAGUUCAACGUGCCCAUCCAGCGAACAGGAAGUGGCGAUAACGAGGUGGGCUUCUCCUGGCACCACCUGCCCUGGUCUGAAUGCUCCGCUACCUGUGCCGGAGGUUCUCAGAAGCAGGAAGUGGUGUGUAAAAGGCUGGACGACAACUCGGUGGUGCAGAACAACUACUGUGACCCAGACAGCAAACCUCCAGAGAACCAGAGAGACUGCAACACUGAGCCGUGUCCUCCAGAGUGGUUUAUCGGCGACUGGUCGGAGUGCGGGAAGACAUGUGACGGCGGGAUAAGGACGAGGACAGUCCUGUGUAUCAGGAAGAUCGGCCCUGCUGAGGAGGAGACACUGGAGGACACCCACUGUCUGACUCACCGCCCCAUCGAACAAGAGUCGUGCAACAACCAGUCCUGCCCGCCAAAGUGGGUCACUCUGGAUUGGUCGGAGUGCACACCUAAAUGUGGCCCCGGCUUCAAGCACCGCAUCGCCUUGUGUAAGAGCAGCGACCUCGCCAAGACUUUCCCUCCCGCCCAUUGCCCGAGCCACAACAAACCUCCGGUCCGAAUGCGCUGCAGUUUAGGACGCUGUCCUCCGCCUCGAUGGAUCCCUGGUGAAUGGGGACAGUGUUCGGCCCAGUGCGGCAUGGGGCAGCAGAUGAGGACGGUGCAGUGUCUGUCCUACACCGGGCAGCCGUCUAACGAGUGCGCAGAGUCCCUCCGACCCACCACCAUGCAGCAGUGCGAGAGCAAGUGCAACCUCACCCCCAUCUCCAAUGGCGACGAAUGCAAAGAUGUAAACAAAGUGGCGUACUGCCCGCUGGUGCUGAAGUUCAAGUUCUGCAGUCGGGCGUACUUCAGACAGAUGUGCUGCAAGACCUGCCAGGGCCACUGACACUGAGAGCGAGACGACGCGAAGAAGAAGAAGAAGAAGAAGAAGGACGACAAGAGAGAGAAAGAAAGGCGAGAAAGAUGGAGGGAGGCUGACGCGGCACUGAAAGGGAGAGAAGAAGAAAAACAGGGCGGACUGGAAAAUGAAAAGAACCCUCUGGACCAGCUGAAGACAGACGGAGAAGAAGAAGAAGAAGAAGUAGUUCCCUGUUGAUCACCUCCUGCCCUCCAUCGUGGUGGAAUCCAAACCACUGCUCAGCCCACGGCGCUGACACAAACUGUUUGUUUCUUUUACAUGUUCACUUCUGUGAAGUGGAACUCGGAAGAUUAUUUGUUGGUGAUGUUAUUUUUAUUAUAAUAAUAAUUAUUAAUAUCAUUGUUAGUCUUCCUUCGUGUUUGUUGUUCUAUGAAUCCAAAGUGCUGGACACAUCACCCCGCGGAGGACGUUCACCCCGGAGACGGACAGACGGCGGGGGAGGACGAGAGAUGACGUGGGGGGAGGGAGGGGAGUGGAAAGUGUGGGACGCCCGACUUUUCUUUGGGACGACUGUGACGGUGCUAUUGGCAGGCAGACUUUUGGCUUCGGUGCACUUUUUUUUUUUUUUUUUUCCCGUGUAAAUACUUUUUGCCAAUUUACCGCUCAAACAUACGACAGAGAGAAAAAAAACAAAACAUCGGUGUACUGUAUAUUUAUUGUACAAUUCCAAGCAGAGCUGAGAUGUCCUGAUGUCCUCUGAUCAUGUUUGUGUCAGAUAGGAAGCCUACUGUCAUGGAAGGGAAUGUAAUGUGAUUGACUUCAUGUUCGAUGUCUCUGUGCUGGAAUGAAAAUAUUACAUACUGUAACAUACGUUAAACCCUUAUAUACUGUAAGGAUCUGUAUAUUAUAUAUGAUGUUAAUCCAGGACCAGAAAAUACCACGUGGUUAUAGGAGGAUCUUUAAUUUCUUUCCCCGGGGACGGGUGCCUUAGUUCCUAACACUCAAAUUAAAGUUCACCCAGUCGUUAGUCCAAAAAUAGCAUGAAGAUAUAAAGUAUGUCAGACUGUGCCUGGGCCGCAUGAAACACUGUUACCAAGACUGGCCUUUACUUACUAACCAUCCCGUCGGAGGAGCUUUCAGUUCACGAUUGAAGGAUUCAUUUUGAAGGAGCAUAUCCUAUGAAGCAGCUUGUUCAUCGGAAUCACAGUGCGGCCACUAUUUCUUACUUUUUAAAGCCGGGUGAACGUUUGAUCGAACGUUUGAUCGAACAUUUGAACGAACGUUUGAUCGAACGUUUGAUCGAACGUUUGAUCGAACGUUUGAUCGCGUUUAUUUUUAAAUUUCAGCAGCGAGCGAAGCGUCGAUCGGAGCUAAAGGAACGGUUUGACGUUACGGACGGAAAGGUGCUGAUUUCUGUAAACGCUGAGAUUCACAGCAGUCACUCUCAUGUGUUAUUAUGACGGGGGGUUAGGGUUAGCCUAGCUUAGCAUAAAGACUGGAAACGGAGGGAAACAGCUAGCCUGGUUCCCUCCAAUUAGUCAGAAAAAACAUGGAAAUUAGGAUUUACGUUCGAUGAUUCAAAUCAUUUUGUUCAGUCGUUUGUUUUAGUACAUUGAGAACUGUCUUCAGUUCAGUUUGUUUCGUUUGUUGGUUCAAGCUCGAUAAGAUUACCAGCUGAGUAACGUGUUGGUGGUCCGGAGCCAACAACUACUGACCCGGUCAGUGACGAUGAUGAUUUAGUAGAUUCAGUUUGAAGAUUCAGUGUUAAAGAUUCGAAAACAAGAGUUGGAGUCUGUCUUGGGGUCUUGAUUGGUACAGCGUUCAUUCCUUACGUUUCCUGAGAAAGCCUCCAUAGGCUUCACACGUGAGCUGAUGUUCUGUUGGCUUCAGAUGUUUUUGAUGCUCAAACGAGUUUUUUGAUGAACGCAAAAGUUGCAAUCAAUCAGGCUGCUUCGCCAAAAUCACUUCACGGUCCAGGUCUUACUCCUGAAGGCUCCGUCUGGCCAGUUUUAAACUCCUGGUUCAAAGUAACAAGAUAAAAUAAGUUGGCUAGGUGUUUCCCUCUGUUUCCAGUCUUUACGCUAAGCUACGCUAACCCUAACCCCCCGCCUCCUGGCUGUAGUUUGUACAGUGUUCAUGUAAGAAAGUCAGUAAGCGAAUUUCCAGUGCUGGAUUUGCUGCCAGACCACGUAUCCAGGCUUCAGACACCCCCUCCAGAUAAAGUUACCCCCUCAUCCUCUUUCCUCUCAUCACCUUUGUCCCUCGGCGUAAAAACAGAAGAACAGCCAGCUCCAUGGUGCUUCCCGUCUUUUAUUUGAUGUUUUUCUUAUUUCCAUGAAGUACUGUGUUUACCUCUCCUCUUCCUCCCUGCUCUGCUCCGAGGGGUUACGGCCUUCCCAGGCUGAACUGGUGCUAUCAAGUGAGUGCUUCCAUUCAAGCCUCUCCGGUUCUGGUUAAAUAGUGAGGCUGGAUCCAAACAAUAUGAAAUAAUAUCCUUGUCAAUAUCUCUGUUGGUAAAUGCUGGUCAUGUUCUUGUUUUGUUUGUAUCUGUUUAUACCUCACACUGGGAUUUUUUUUUUUUUUCAUUGUUAACCGUGUAUUGUGUUUGUGCUACCAACAAAAUGGACACUCACCGAGUCGUAACUGAUCCCUUUACUUCGGGGAACGUUUCCGCCGGUGUUCGGGGAGGUUUGUGAAAGGGAACACCGGAGUCUGAAACGUCUCCGUCACACUUGUUAAUGGAGGUACGUUUGGAGAAAUCUGAUGUAGGAGUGUGCAAGAAUCUCAUCGAAGCUGUUAAAACAACUAAUUUCUAAUUUUUUAAUUUUUUUUUGCUGCUGCUGCUACAUUUUUGUGGCCACCUUCAGUAUGACAAACGUCGAGCAGAUUCUUUUUAUUAUCGGUUAAAACCAAAACCUUGAACGAGGCCGGGUCGCGGGGGGGACGGUGGAUGAAAGUGAAUUCAAACCGCUUUGGACUUAAACUCAUCUGCUGUUUGUUCGUGGCGACGCGGAGCCUCCGGGACGACGACGACGACAACAACAACAACAAAAAGAAGAAGUGAAAUCAAUCAAACUGGUACUCAUUGCUGUGAACUUGGAUGUUUGAAUGUCACAUUGCUUAUACCUGUACCUUAAGUGCAAGAAAAAUGAGAAGCAUCAUGUGAUUAUUUGCUUAUAUUUUAUAUUCAGUAUUAAUGUUGGUACACUGUUACUAAUUUUUUUUUUUUUUUCAAAUGUAAAUUAUGCUAAUUUAUUGCGUUGUCUCACUUUAUUUCACUGCAUGAAAACUGAUAGCAUAGGGGGAACAGAAUGCAGUGAUACAGCCCUUCACCAGCCCUUUUUUUUAUUUUUAAAAAGUAGAUACAAUAAAAAGAGCAGCUUUUAAAGAGACUCUGUGUCGCUGGAUUCAUUUCGCCGCUUGUCAAAACACAUGAAAACACGUCCGGGCGACAUUUCUCCGCCGUGUACACGGUGAUCCCUGUGAGAGCUUCGAGCGUGCAGCCAUGUGUUGCAGUGCCAGGCUGGAUGCUCCGUUCUCAGGCUUUCAGAGAUAUAUACUCUUGUCCUUUCACUCAACUCUUGGAAAGCACCCACGGCAUGAGAAAAAAAGCUAAUGGCAUCACACCAGGAUACCCGUUACCGCCGCUGAACACAUCCAUUCAUUCGCUGCCUCAGUUUAGGGUGACCGAAUCGGAGAAGGAGGGCAGCGUUUGUGUAAAAAAAAAAAAAAAAAGCUUUUGUCCUUAUCCACCUAACUCCGACACGCCGGCUGCAUCAUCAUCAUCCGAGGCUCAAACAUAAUAAACGUCAGCGUCCCGAGCUGUGUGCCUCUCAGCUCUGUUGCCAUAGCGUUGGUAUGGCACUCUCCUUCCUCUCGUCCUGGCCUCAAGUGUCUGGAUUCG